UUUUUUUUAAAUUAAUAUUUAUAGAUUUUUAUAUCCAAAUAGCAAACACAUAUUUGAAUUAUUUAUUCUUUAUUAAAAGAAGUAUAUAUUUCUGAACUCCUUUUUUUGUGUUUCUCUAUUUUAUUUUUUAACAAUCCUAUUUUAUAAUCUCAUUCUCCUUUUUAAUUUUUAUCUUAUUUUUAUACACAAGAUGACAGAAGAAACUUUGAUUUCAGAUCAAGAACUUACGUCGAUAGCUCAUCGUGUCAAGAUUUACCAGCUCAACAUGGAUACAGUUUGGGAAGAUAAAGGGACAGGUUUCUGUUCCUAUCAGUUGGGGUCUGAAGGAAAACCAGAUCAAAUCAUUGUUCGUUCUGAAAAUGAUGAUAAAAUUAUAUUGGCUUCUAAUGUAUUUAAGCGUCGCUUAUAUCAAAGACAACAAGAUACAUUAAUUGUUUGGACUGAAGAUGAUAAUCGCGAUCUAGCUUUAAGUUUUCAAGAUUAUCAUAGCUGUGAAGAGAUUUGGCAAAAUAUAAAUAAGAAACAAGAAGAUAAUAAUGGCGGCCUUUCUCCAACUGAUUCACCAGAGAAUACAACAUUGCCUGAACCUGAAAUGUCUAAUUUGAAAGAAAUUUUAAAAGUCUUAUCUUCAGCCUAUUCUCUAUUUGAAAAGGAUAAAAUUGCUACAUUCAUUUCAAUUGAGAAUUAUAUUCAAAAAUUAUUAAACCUAUUUGAAACUUGCGAAGAUUUGGAAGACAUUGCAGAUUUACAUCUUUUGUAUGAUAUUAUAUUGAAAAUAUUAAUGCUAACUGAUCAUGGAAUUAUUGAACAACUUGUUACUGAUGAACAUGUAUUUAACUUUAUGGGAAUAUUAGAAUAUAAUCCAAAUACUCCUGAUUUAAAAGCAAAGCAUAGAGAAUUCCUAAGAACGAAAGGUAACAUUAAGCAGAUUGUAGAAUUUAACGAUAAAUCAAUCAAAAGAAAGAUAAAUCAAACGUUUCGAUUGGAAUAUCUUCAAACAAUCCUAUUACAAAAUACAAAAGAAAUAGACGAUUCAUUAAUUAGUUUGUUAAAUAAUAUUAUAUUUCAAAAUCAUGUUGAAAUCGUAAAUCACAUACAAAACAAUCAUACUUUAUUAAAUGAAUUAUUUCAAUACGAGGAAGAUAAACGAGAUGACGUAAUACAAUUCAUUCAUCAACUAUGUCAACUUGCAAAGCAAAUGCAGGCAUCUAUUCGACUCCAUUUAUUUAGAUCGUUAUCAACUUAUGGAUUACUCGACAUUAUGUGCUACUCACUUGUUCAUUCUGAUAAAACUAUUCGUACUACCGCUGUUAAUUUACUUCAAUCAUUUACUGAACUUGAUGUUAGUACAGUUCGUAGCCAUUUAUUAACACAGACAAUGCAAAAGAGAGACAAGCCACUAUUAAUUCAAAUCAUUGUGGAACAAUGUGCUGCAGAUGCCAAUCAUGAAUUGAAGAUACAGUAUUUUGAAAUCUUGAGACAUUUAUUAGAUUCAAAUAAUAAUAAUAAUAAUCAUAGUAAUUCACCACCUAUUAAUGAUCUACAUGGAAAAAAGUCAUCUGAAAUAGAUGAAUUUUUAGAUUUAUUUUAUGAGAAAUACAUGGAUGCAUUCUUAAAACCUAUUAAAGAUUUAGAAAUAAAAGACAUGUAUUUGAAAGGACCUGUUGAACCUUUAGAAUUAACAUCGGAUCAGGCACAAUUAUGUCUUUACAUUUGUGAAUUUAUAAAUUUUAUGGUCAGAAAUCAUGGAUACCGUAGUAAAUAUGUAAUGUUAAAUUCAGAUACAGUAAAAAAAGUUUUACAAUUAUACAGAUCAAAAUAUACAUAUAUUAAAUUAUGCGCUUUACGAUUUAUUCGUAUUUGUAUCUCAAUAUCAGAUGAAUUUUAUAUCCAGUGUCUUUUAAAAAACAAAGUAUUUGAACCAACAAUUCGUAUAUUUUUAGAUACAAAUGGACGAGAUUGUUUACUAAAUUCAGCAUGUCUUGAAUUGUUAGAAUAUAUUAGAAAGGAAAAUAUCAAAGUGCUUGUGGAUCAUUUAAUCACUAAAUUUGGCUCAGUGCUGGACACAAUUACAUAUAUUUCAACUUGUAAACAAUUGCGAUUAAAAUAUGAGCAUAAUUUAAAAGCUCAGGAAGAAUUAAAUAAUGAAAAUGAUGAUUUAUCAAGUAAAUCAGAUAAAAAUAUAAAUCAUGAUGGCUGGUCAUCAUCCACUGUUGAUGACGGCGAAGAAGAAUAUUUUAAUACAUCAGAUGAAGAAAAGGAAGAAACUGAUUCACUAACGCCACAAACAUCUAAAGAAACUCACUUACCAAUAACUCCAUUAGUAAACUAUGAUGAUGACGAUGACGACGACGACGACGAUGAUGAAGCAAUAAUAGAAGAUAAAGAAGAAUCAAGAUCACUAAAACGUAAAGCCGUUGAUGAUAAUGAAGAAGAGGAAAAGGAAGAAUCGAAUAGUACUAAAUCUUUACCACCGCCUUUUAAGUCAAGAAAAGUAUUAGAAGAAGAUGAAGAUGAUUUGUUAACUAAACGUAAACCAUUAACUCUUGCAAAAAAGAUUGUAAUCAAAACUGCGAAUAUUAAAAGAACGCGUUCAUAAUGUAUUAUAAAUAAAUAAUAAUGAAAUAUAUAC